UUUUAACAUAAUUGAUAAGAAAUGAUAUGCCAAAUAAGUUCACAACUCAGUGUUAAGUCAGUAGUAAGAAUCAUGACUUAUACCACGAUUCAACAGGCCUUUCGACCUCUUUUCUUUACGUGUUUUAUUAUCGGUUUAUGUAUUUAUCCAUUAAAUAAACCAACAACUCGGGAAAAAUGGGUCCUAUAUUUAAGCAUUUUAUAUUCUGUGACAUUAUGGUCUAUUUAUGGUUAUAUUUUUUAUUGCAUGGUGAGCUCUCUUUCAUUGGCAGGAAUAUUUCCUGCUACUAUUUCAAUAGUUGUUUUGGAAAACAACAUCAUUAUCACAAUGACAUCCACAAUCUUUAAUCUUUAUUAUAACAAGAGACUUCAAAUGUGUAUAAAGAAACUUUCUAUUGUGGAUGAUACUUUGAAGGAACUAGGUAGUUUAAAAAUGUAUCAAAAAAUACAUAUGUGGUCAAGACGAGUGAUAGCUGGAUGGGUUGUAUGCAGUUUUGGUCUGAAUUUUCACGACACUUUAUCAUGGCAAAAAUAUCUAACAAUAAUAAGAAAAGAAACUACUUUCUGGAGAUUCAUUAUAGCUCAUAUAUAUAAUUAUAGUUUUCACAUUAAUGCACUCGUGGAUUUAGUAUUUAUGUUUUUCUUAUGGUACAUUGGCACUAGAUUUGAUGAAAUAAAUAAGCAUAUACGAAAUCUAUUAAUAAAAAAAGAGCAUUGGUUAAAAAAUACAUGGAAGAAACCUCCAGUGACUGUACAUCAAUAUACUUUGGAUAUUGAUAAUUACAAGCGAGUCUUGUGGAGUUUAAUGCAUCUUUAUUUAGAACUAUGUCGGAUUGCUCGUGAAUGGAAUAUGAUAUUUAGAAUGCAGAUGACUUUUGAAAUGGUGUCCUAUCCAUUAACUGUAACAUCAAUAUGCUACUAUUUAUACAAGUUGUUAAUGAAUAAAUAUGGAUUGUUUAUACCAACAAUUGUAUGGUGUCGAGUAGUUUCCUGGUUGUUUGUAUUUGUAGGAAAAUUUUACAUUAUAAAUUACAUCUGCGAAAAUGUCAGUGUUAAGGCUUAUACAAUUGAAAAAACAAUUAAUGAAUUAACAAAUAUUCUUCGAUACGCUGACGUUUGGAAAGAGAUAUAUCAGUUCACUUUGCAUGCAAGACAGUAUCCAUUGAAGUUUACUGGAAUGGGACUUUUUAAUUUUGGCAACAAAUUCCUCAUAAAGUUCUGCAUAACAAUUUCAACAUACGUGAUCAUCAUGAUACAAAUGUCGGAUGGUUGAAGAAUUCCAGAAAAGGAUUAUCAUUUUUAACACUUUAUAAAUUGUGUAUCUUGUUUUUAAUAAUCUGCUAGUUUGACCAACAUAAGAAACGUCACAGUUAUUGAAUUAGUAUUUAAUUAAUAACAAAAAGUAUGACAAUACUAUAUGUAGCUCAAACAAUAAUUGUUUAUUGGUUUUCUACUCCUUACAUAUCAUUUUUUAAUGAUAAACUUGGGAAUAUUCUGACAGAUACAAAUUUAAGACUAUUGUUUUUCAGUUUGAAUAAGCUCAACAAAUUUAUUAAAAUAUACAAAGAUUUACUGCCUAA